AAAUUGUACUCCAUUUGCUCUCUCGCUUCGAAGCUGCAUUUAUGGAAUUGCAUGAGAUAUUGCAUCACCGGUUUCUACGCGUCGUAAUAAAUUGUUGAUUGUCUCACGAAAGGUUCAAAGUCUACUUUUACUUAACUAAAAAGUCCACUUUAGAAAUUUUUGGAAUCUUCUUUUUUUUGUCGCAAUGACCUGACCUAUCGAUCACGAAGAACUCGUGAUAACAGAGACCGAAUCUGCAUGAUAAUUUCAGGCAGCUUGGUAAAAUAAAAUGAAGUGGAACUUCUCAAAACUGAUCAGUUAUACAUGAAUUGAUCCUCUGCUGAUAUAUGUUGAGGAUAUGAACAAGUGAACAAGAUUGAUAUUAUGGAUUAAUGAGCAGCAGAAUGUGGCCUAGAGUAAUAAGACGAUUACGACAACGUCGAACGACGUUAAUCGUUUUCUUGAUCAUUAUAUUUGUAUGCCAAUUUCUGCUUUGGUAUAGGAGGAAAGAGAAAAGUGUCAAUUUGGAAAAUAACUUUAUCCGAUCACAUGGAAACCAGAAAGAUUACAUUGAUCAACGAGGAAUUCAUGUAGUAGUUGGUCAUUAUAUUGGAGAUUCUGUGGAUUCCUUGAAAAUUCCAAACAUUACGAAAGAUGUUAUUAAUCAAAAUUUAUUCAACCCACUGCCGUUUGAAGGCAAAAAUGGAGAACCUGUAGUAAUACAUCCAAAAGAUUUUUAUAAAAUGCAGCAGUUAUAUCAAAUUAACCGAUUUAAUUUAAUGGCUAGCGAUAAAAUACCUCUAAAUCGGUCUCUACCAGAUGUUCGGAAAAAAAAGUGUAUUUCGCGAUACACAAACUUAGGUAAAUUGCCGAAAACGUCAAUUAUCAUAGUUUUUCAUAAUGAAGCUUGGAGUACAUUAUUGCGAACAGUACAUAGCGUCAUCAAUAGAUCACCGAAAGAACUGCUAGAAGAGAUUAUUCUUGUGGAUGAUAACAGUGAAAGAGAAUUUCUGAAAAAUUCUUUGGAUGAUUACGUGAAGAAUUUGAGCGUUCCUACAAGAGUUUUAAGGUCUAACGAACGAAUAGGAUUGAUAAAAGCGAGAUUGUUGGGUGCGAAUGAUGCUAAAGGUGAAGUUCUCACUUUUCUCGAUGCUCACUGCGAAUGUACAAUUGGAUGGUUGGAGCCACUACUUGAAGUGGUUGGUAAAAAUGCAACAAGAAUAGUCGCUCCAGUAAUUGAUAUAAUAAACGAUAAUACAUUCAGUUAUACAAGAUCGUUUGAACUUCAUUGGGGUGCGUUUAACUGGGACUUACACUUUCGUUGGCUAACUUUGAACGGUCGUCUAUUGAAGGAAAGACGCGAUAACAUUGUCGAACCAUUUCGAACACCUGCAAUGGCGGGUGGGCUAUUCUCAAUGAACAGAGAUUAUUUCUUCAAAUUGGGAAGCUACGAUGAUCAAAUGCGAAUUUGGGGUGGUGAAAAUUUGGAACUAUCAUUUCGAGCUUGGCAAUGUGGAGGCAGCAUCGAGAUUGCUCCAUGUUCUCAUGUCGGGCAUCUUUUUCGAAAGUCUUCCCCUUAUACUUUUCCAGGCGGCGUCGGAGAUAUAUUAUAUGGCAAUCUUGCUAGAGUCGCUUUAGUAUGGAUGGAUCAAUGGGCGGAGUUCUAUUUCAAGUUCAAUCCUGAGGCAGCUAGACUGAGAUAUAAACAGCAAGUUCGUUCGAGACUAGCUUUACGCGAGAAACUGCAGUGUAAGAGUUUCGAGUGGUACUUGGAAAAUGUAUGGCCAGAGCAUUUCUUUCCUACAGAUGAUCGAUUCUUUGGCAAGAUAGUGCAUGCUGGGACAAAGAAGUGCAUUAUGCGACCGGCUGCGAAAGGUUCUUAUGGACAACCUUCAGGGAACGCAGUCUUACAUUCAUGUAUACCGCGGCCGAUGCUCAGCCAGAUGUUCGUGAUGACCAAAAAUGGAGUGAUAAUGACUGAUGAAAGUGUAUGUUUGGACGCACCGGAACGAGAUAUACAACAAAAGACGCCAAAAGUAAAAAUAAUGGCAUGUAGCGGUCGCGAAAGACAAAAAUGGAAAUAUGAUGAAGAAACAAAAGUAAUUUUGCACGUGCCUUCUGAGAUGUGUCUUCAAGCAACAACGGAUGAUGACACGCUUACAAUAGCGGCUUGUACUAAGAAUCUCGAUCAACAAUGGAUCUUGGAACCAGUUUCUUGGAAGUGAUAAUCAUGAUGUCAAUGUUAUUAACUAAGAAAAAAAAGAAAAAGCAGUGCCUUAAUGAGUUGUCUAUCAGUAACUAAUAAAUAUUUUUACUGAUACAUUAACUGUCGCGACAAUUGUCAUGAGUGUCAUUUUAAUGAAAAAUUAAUAUUUUUUUUUACUUUUAUACUGAACGAAUUCAAAUAAGAUGUAUGUCUUUGCUCUAC